CAGGCGACAGACAUGCUCUAGGAGUGUCUUACAAGAUCCCUGUGAAAUAAAGCAUCUGGUACUGGUGCUAUAGAUUCUCAAAUCCCCAGCAACCGGUUGCUGCUACUCAAUCUCUUACAAAAAUAGGCGGGCGCUGCCGUGUAAGCCCCUAUUUAUGUUGCACAUGUUUGCGCCCGUAGAUACUCCGGGUGUUUGCUUCGAGACCUGACGAACAACACGUAAACUGCAGUACACAGCUACUAAACGCUAGUAUCCAUGAUGAUGGCGACGAUUACCUAGUAGUCGGAUGGAGAGCUAUAUAAAAGUCCAUCUGCAUCGAUAUCGGCUCUACCUAUACCCAUUCAUCUUCGCAGCAUCACCACUAGCGUAUCUACUCUGAUUUUCUCAGCAUGAAGCCAUCGUGGUUGGGCUUUCCCCUCGCGCUUUCUGGGCUAGCCACAAGCUCUGUACCUGUAUCUGCCCAGUCAACGAAGGAGGAAUGGACGGUUUCCGACGCGCGCCGCACGAAAUCCAACAGCAAUACUCUUUGCGCCUGGAGUUUCACCGUGGACCCCAGCUCCGGGAAACACGCGGACAGUUCCUUCCAGUGCAGCUUCAACGUGACGACAUCUUCCGGCGGCGACUGUGGCCUGGUGUCUUUCGCGGAAGAUUCCUGUAGCGGGAACGGGUCGUUCGCUGUCGACGGCGGGCAUAGCGACUUCGGGUUCGUCGUCAUGGUGCUCGUUAACCCGGACCAGAGAUCCCAGGCGUACUUCGGGUUCUCCGAUGACGCGCUCGACACCGGGUCUGAUAUCCCCAAGCAGACGAAGUCUGUGAUUCCUCAGGGGACUAGGCGUCGUCGGGAUGGGGUGGCGGUGCGGCAGCGGCUGGAUGGUGAUGAUAUUGAUGAUGAUAUCACGCCGUCUUCUACCGCAUGGGCGGUGGAAGAUCUUUUCCGAGGUAGGUGGACAGGCCAUGGAACUUGAGUAGCCGCUUACCUUGGCGCGUCCGAUCUCGGGCGAAAUAUACAUAUAUCAGGCCGCUAACCCGAAGACUAUC